AUGCUAGCUGGAAAAACUGUAGCCUCUGGAGCUUUAAGGAAAGCUCUAAGUGAAGAACAUGGGUCAUCUGACACUGAAAAUAUUCAAGAAACUCCUAGUGAGGUAAAUUCUUGCUUGGUAUUCUCUGAUGUUGUUGAAAGUGUAGAAAAUAGGUUUGUCUUGGUUGGUCCUGUUAAAGAUAUACAGGGGGCUGAUUCUAGUAGAAGAGGAGGAAAGAUUGAGAUGGAUAAAUUUGUCAUAAAGAUGAAUUAUUCUCAACCAACUUCUAGUUCUAGUGUGCCAUCGUUUAAUCAGGUGAUAGCUCCAGAAAUUCGUACGAAUGUCAAUUUUUCUCAUCUUAUCGAUGAGCUCGACUCAGAAUCAUUUAGCACCGACCCAGGAGAAAGAAUACCCAUUGCUAAUUAUAGCCCUCGAUUACGAGAUGAGGUGAGGAGAUAUUACAUUCAAAAUGGGCCUUGUCAACCUACUAAUCAUCAAUUUCCUAAAACUACAAUAGGAGGGAGAAUGCGCCAAUUUAAACCAAGUUGGUUUAAAAGUUCAUUUUCAAGAUGGUUGGAGUAUAGUGUGAAAAAAGAUGCCGCAUAUUGUCUAUGUUGUUAUUUGUUCAAAAAUAAAUUUGUUCAUGAAAGUGCGGGUGAAUGUUUUACAAAAAGUGGUUUUAGGGCUUGGAAUAAGGCUCUUGAAAGGUUUCUUUUACAUGUCGGUGAGAUUCCUAGUGUCCAUAAUAAAUGUUGCAACAAGAUGCUAGAUUUGUCAAAUAAUCAUCAAUCAAUUCAAGUUGUUUUAGACAAGCAUUCCGAGAAGGUAAAAAGUGAGUACCGAAUGCGCUUGGAAGCCUCAAUUGAUGUUGCAAGACUUCUCUUGCAUCAUGGAUUGCCUUUCCGAGGUCAUGAAGAAAGUGAAUCCUCAACAAAUCAAGGCUUAUUUCUAAGCUUUUUGCGGUGGCAUGGGGACAAGCAUCCGGAUGUGGGAAAAGUAAUAUUAGAAAAUGCUCCACAAAAUGAUACUUUAACUUGUCCUAUGAUUCAAAAGGAUAUUGUCAAUGCUUUUGCAAAGGAAACAAUAAAAUCUAUAAUUGAAGACUUGAAUGAAGAUUACUUUGGUAUAUUAGCCGAUGAAUCCAAAGAUAUCUCGCACAAAGAACAAAUGGCUCUUGUUUUGCGGUAUGUUAAUAAGAAUGGUGAAGUGGCAGAACGAUUUGUUGGCCUUGUCCAUGUUAGUGAUACAUCGGCAUGCUCAUUAAAGGAAGCAAUAUAUUCUUUGCUUUCGGAUCACUCACUAAGUACAUCCAAAAUACGUGGACAAGGUUAUGAUGGAGCUAGUAAUAUGAAGGGAGAGAUAAGUGGUCUCAAGACUUUAAUUAUGAAAGAUAGCUCAUCGGCAUAUUACAUUCAUUGCUUCGCUCAUCAAUUGCAAUUAACACUUGUAGCUAUUGCUAAAAAGCAUUUGGAUGUUGAAGACUUUUUUGAUCAUGUUACUAAUAUGUUGAAUGUUGUUGGAGGAUCUUUCAAGCGCAGAGACUUGCUCCGUCAUCAUCAAGCUGAAGAGUUGGAGCAAUUACUUGAGUCCGGUGAAGUUAUUACCGGACAAGGAUUAAAUCAAGAACGUGGACUUCAAAGACCAGGUGAUACUCAUUGGGGAUCCCAUUUCAAAACAAUGGAUAACUUUAUUGCUAUUUUCUCUUCUAUUGUUCAUGUGCUUAAAUGGAUUGAGUAUGAAGGUUCUACCUCACAUGAAAGAAAUCAAGCAAAGUAUCUUUUGGGUAAGAUUAGAACAUUCAAAUUAAUUUUUAUGCUUCACUUGAUGGUGAAAGUGUUAGCCAUGUCAAAUGAAUUGAGCAAGAUUUUACAAAAAAAGGAUCAAGAUAUUGUUAAUGCCGUGGUGUUUCUUGACAUUACGAAGAAAAGGUUGCAAGAUAUGAGGGAAACUGGAUAG